AUGGUGUUGGUGUCGAUGGUGAUGCUGGUGUUGACGUACGUUGACGUUGGUGUUGGUGUUGUUUGCAGUGCGACGGUGCGCGUGACGGUGGAGGAUGUGAACGAGUAUGAGCCGUACUUCCUAGAGACGUCCUAUACGAUCGUCGUAGACGAGGGGCGGCUCUACGACCGGAUCGUGCAGGUUCAGGCUAGGACGAUGAGCUGGCUGACCCCGGACUGUAUUGGUGACAUCUGCAAAACGAGCUGGAAAAUCCUGCUGUGCCGUUACGUGAAGAACACCGAGCCGCUUGACUGGGGCAAGAGCAAGAACUACAUCCUGAGCGUGGUCGCAUACGACUGUGGUCUGAAGGCCUCCAAAGCCGUGCUCGUCAACAUCGGAGUAAACAGAAUCUGCUCACCACAGUGGCAAGGCAUCAAGGAGCAGGUUGACUACAUCCCGGACUUCACCCCGCAGCCUAUCUUCGCUGCGGCUAGCCUCGACCUCUGUGGAGCACGCUGCGAUGCCGGCACCCCCUCGGCAAACAUCAAGCUCUCCACGGAGCACAUCGGCAAAGGAUGCGACCGCGACACCUACUCCAGCAAGUCCCAGCGCAAACUCUGCGGUGCAUCUGAAGACGUGUUUGAGUUUUUGCCCAGUCAGGGAGCAACAUGGACUGAUGCCCUGCACAAGGAUGAAGGACAGGAGUCUGACCAGGUGUUCAAGUUUGAUGGCGAAUCGGGAGCGGUGCUGCCACCUGAGGUGAUGCAGGAUGGACUGACAGAGACGUUCUCACUGGCACUGUGGAUGAAGCAUGAGGAGAAUGUGACAUUGGACAAACACGCCAAGGAGCACAUAGUGUGCAACGCCGACGACCACAAGAUGAAUCGUCACCACUUCUCGCUGUUCGUGCGGAACUGUCGGCUGAUCUUGCUGCUGCGGCGUGAGUACAGUGAAGCGAAUCUCAGCACGUUCGCUCCGGCAGAGUGGCGCUGGAAGCUCCCGGAGGUCUGCGACGGCGAGUGGCAUCACUACGUGCUCAACGCACAGCUUCCCAAGUUGACACUGUUCAUCGAUGGAGCGCUGAGAAAGGACACGAAGCACAACCCGGAGAUCAUCGAUGAUUGGCCGCUGCAUCCAGUCCGGGGCGUUCAGCGUAAACUCACUGUCGGUGCCUGCUGGAGAGGUGUUGACAAGGUCUACAACUAUGAGGAUGUGUUGCGUCAGGUCAACUACUACAACAACCGACCUGCGUUCUACCUCAGCCGCACCUUCAAACUCAAGUGCAGCGAGCUGAACGGUCGAUUCAACAGCAACGAGUUCAGAAUGGAGCUGAGUGUCAUCCACUCUCAUCCGAAGCCACCUGAGCGUGCCUACCACGCGGCGCAGCAGCAUAUGCAUGUCAACAUUCCUCGAUUCCACGAGAACUCGCUGCACGAACUGCGAGGCAAGGAUUCCCUGCACCACAGCAGUAGCACAGUCGCGGUACGCGGUGACCGUCAUCGUCCUCACUCGCGUCUGGCUUCCUCGUCUUUCAUGGGUCAGGUUGUCGGGGGUAUUGGGGGCUCACCAUCACUGUCACACCCCGAUGCACGGUAUGUCACCAUCACCGUCAACCACGCUGACAGGUAG